UGUUUCCGACUGUACGUGAAGGCAACACCGCAUUGCUUUACUUUCUCUGGACUGAAUAAGUAGCCUCCUCUUCCACACUAUCACCUUUGGGGAGCUACACCUUAAUCUACAGUUCUUGUUGUCAUUGUCUACUCGUCCUGAACACAGAGACGGUCUUUGAGGACUUGGUGUUGUUUUCUUCAGCUCGUUUGUAAACAGAGACAAACUUCCAGCUCAAAUCUGGGAGAGCGCGGACUAGAGCCAAUGGAGAGCAGAUUGUAUGGAUGCAGAUGAGGCACGAUGCUAACUGGCUAACUCGCCUCUAAAGGAAAUGGAGUGACUCGACAUUGUCCACUGAAGAUCAACAAGAGGAAGUCCAUCAAUUCACAUGGAGUUCAACGGAGAGAUCAGCGACACAGACAGCGGCAUCAUUCUUCAUUCAGGCUCGGACAGCCCAACCACACACACUAAGGAUGUGACCACACACACACGGGCGAUGAAGCUCAAACACCGUGCUCUCCAAGACCGCCUGGAGAUCUGCAUACUGGAGCUGAAGAAACUCUGCAUCCGAGAAGCUGAGCUGACAGGCCAGCUCUCAGAUGAUUACCCUCUGCUGCCUGGUGAGAAACCUCCGCAGAUUCGCAGACGUAUCGGAGCUGAGUUCAAACUGGACGAACUAAGCAUUCCCCAAGGAGCAGAGGAGUCAGAACUGAGCUUGGUGGAUGCUGACCUGGCACUUCAGAUGAAGAUAUAUGAAGCGGCACGAAAGCUCUGCGAGGAGCAUCACUUGAGUAAAGCUGUCAGAAAGAGCCGCUCGCAGCAGCGCAAGAGAGAAGAGAAAAAACUCAAACUGCUACAAGAGAGGGCCUUUCAGCUGCGCCUGGAGCACGGACGGUCAUCACCACUUCCUGCUUUUAAUAUUGCACAACAAGAUCUGGGUACAUCUGACGACAGCUCUCUGUCUGAUUCUGUGGUGCAGGAUGAAGAAGUGACGAGUCAGUCAUCACAGCAGUCCUCAGGACUCCCCUAUCCAGCAGAGACAGAGCUCCUCCAGCCCCCCUCGGUGUCCUCACACUCCUUUGUGGAUGGCUCCUUUGUGUCUCCCUCUGCUGCUCCACAGUUGGCACCGCUGACCCCAAGCCAGUCUCCCCAUCCAAGCCUUGAGUCUACACAGAGUUUAAGCUCGAGCCCUAUAUAUGACCUGCCUCCUAUCCAGCAUUCCCCGUGGACGGAGUCUAGUCUCGACAAGCCAUACCAGAAGAGCAGGAAGUCGCGCUCCUCCAGCAAGACAAGCACUCCAACCAAAACUGAGUUGUUGCCACCAUUGGAGGCCUGCUUACCACAAUCUGCUCUGCCCGUGCAACUCUCCCAUCUGAGGCUGAGCCGCACCCAGUCCAACAGCACACCCUCAACACCAGAGAUGCGGGUGCACAGACAACUCUCCCUCAGAUUAUCCAACCCUGAAUCUCCAUUAGAAAAAGAACGCGGUCGUACCAGAGGUCCAAGGAGGCGACUGACAGAAUACGCGAUCACUUUACCAGAGACUCCUCCCCCUGCUGUGAACUAUGGACACCUUGCCAACUCUGAGGACAGCAACUCUGAACAUUCGUUUACGUCUUACAACAGUUCACCGUGUCAGGAAUUUCCCUGCAAUUCUCCCCAUCAGUAUCAGCCUGCUUUCCCACACUGCAGCCCAGUUGGCAGCUAUGCACCUCAAGCCUCCCCACGCACAGGCUUUUACCAUAAUCCCAGGCACCAGUCCAACCCCAGUUUUCACAAAGCCUAUUACAAUGAUGAAAUGGUCUUCCCACCUGAUCUGGACUUGGCAAGGGGUUAUUACGCCCAGCGUGCUCCCUCUCCUUCCAACAGAUAUGAAUAUCGAUAUAAAGAUGCUGCUGUGCCUCGCCAGAGACAGCAGAGGCCUGCUGAUAUCAGACUCUCCCCCUCCCUGGCUCAAUGGGACCAUCCACACUACCGCUCCACUGGUCCUGGUCUACCGCAACAAGUAGUGACGGAGCACCUCAAGUCCUGGCAUCGACGCAGUCAGCUCAAAUCCCCCAGGUCCCGCUCUCUGGACAGACAGGGAGCAGUCAGAGUUAAAAACAUGGCCACUCGGGAGGCAACCUGCUAUGCAAAUCAAAAGUACCAUGAGCAGGUUUUCCAAAGACGAGCUCCCCAAAGAUCUGCAGAUGACUCUCAAACACACUGGCUGGUAGAUGACGGCUCUCACUACAUGAGUCAAGUCUGAACCAAAGUCGCAUGAACUCAAACUGAGAGAUGAUAGCUGCUUUUAUUCCCAAGGGACAGUAGCCAGAAAGUCAAGUUGUAUUAACUUUGAAUGCCCAUACAGACUUUUGAUCAGUAAGCUUAUAUCAUCAUGAUAACACGCCUGCUUGUAUGAGAGCAAUUUUAUGAAUUUACAACAGUGGCACAUACUGCAGCCUCAAGCGUGACAGUGGAGUUCAAUCAAACACCUCCCUGGCAGUCACAGUAAAAUUGAUUGCAGAGAUGUUGUAUUGGAUUUGGGAGUACAGCUGCUGUUUAUGAUGAUUUAAACCAACAGUAACAAGUGAAGCGUCACACGUAAUGUUGUUUUAUAAAUUCGGUGAAUUGAAAAGUUUAGAAUAUAUAAAUGAGCACUGUUUUAAUCUACUCCUGGUGUUCACAAUUAAGGUGUCCAAGGCUGACACCAUUAAUCUGGUUUUAAAAAAAAGCCCAAUAUUUUCAUCAUCACAGAUAUUCAUUUAUCAGUCUUUGAUCAUUUGAAAUGCUGAGCAGUUAAAAAAAACAGCAAUAGUUUUAAACUGUGGUUAAAGACAGCUGAAGCUCUGAGACCAAACUGCACAUUUUAGUGAGAUAAAAACAGAUGUGAACGUUUUGAUAUCUUUUUCUUUUGUAAGUAAAUAUCAGAUUGUUGUUAAACUUAAGUCCAGAGGGGUAUACUACAAACGCCAGAUUUGCGGUUAUCAAGGUAACUUCAGAGUUAACUCUGGAUUUUCAGGUGAAGGUGGUUCCCGUCUUAUCUGGGUAGAUCACCAUGGUUGAAUGGUGAACUCCUAACCUGCUCUGGGGCAGGUUCUGUUCAGGAUCAGAGAUCGAGGGGAGGGGAGAGAGACGGGCAGGACACUUUGUCUACCUGUAUGAUUUUAGAUAUAAAACACUGACGACAGUUAUUGAUAAUCUUUCCUGACAUCAUACUUAAGCAGAGUCUGAAGACAGAUUAUUCAGAUGAAAUUGUUUUACUGCAUUUGUUGAUAUGUUGAUAUGGUCAGGGCUGCAGCUGAAAUGUUAGGUCUAAAACUGUCACACACGACACAAGAUUAAAUCAGAGAGAGAGAGAUCACUGUCAGGGAACAAACAGAGUUAUUAUAGUCAGAUCUAUCUGCACUAAGUGAUGAGAAAUAAGACGUCAUUUGCACAUUCAAACUGUGUUUUUGUCUGAUCUCUCAGUUCUUCCUUAAUGUUUCAAACUCAGCUGUGUUGAAAUUAAUCUGGAUUAUGUGCUUAACUUCUUCAUAUUUUUCUAAUAUCAGUGCAGUGUUUGAAAUUCAUGUGGAUGUGCUGACGGCAGACUGUCCGUGUCUGUGAUUGGUCACAUGUUGCCUUCUCUGCCCCGUUCAUGUGAACUCACUUGGGGUAACACUAGAUUGCCUCAUCAGGUUGAUAACCAGCUUCGUGUGACAGUUUAGCGUGAUCUCUUUCGUUGGGUUCAGUGAAGCUGGAUCAGGAGAAGAUAUCUAGGAUAUGUUGAACUUGGUUUGUAGUAUACCCCUCAGUUGAACUAAGAUUUAUUUCUAGAAGCUCACAGUUAAGGAUGUUGGAUACACUGCUUUAUGUACCAUACCACACAACCUACCCUGCAUUAGAAAAUCACAGCCAAAUCAUUUGUGUGAGAACAUGCUCACCCAGAGAAGUUUACUUUUUGUAUUAUAUAAGUGAUAUUGUUGUUCGUUCUCCUUCCUCACAAAGCUCUUUGAAGGAUACAAAUUAAUUGUAAAAUAAUGUACAUUUGCAAUAUAUCUUUUCUUUUUUUAACAUUGAUUGAGUCACCACUUAAAUGAACUGGAGCUGCUUCAUUUUUAAGAUUUUUUAAACAUGUCUUGUUUUUAUGCCAACAUGUGUAAGGCUGUGCUGAUUAACUUGAAUUAAUAAUGAACUUAAUCAACUAGUUGAAACUAGAUAUUAAUCUAAUCACCUGAUAUAUAUAGAGUAGCAGAUUAAGAAUAAGUCAGAGUCUUGAUGCUUGGCAGCUAUUAAGGUGUUAAAUCAAGGUGGAAAUACAUUUAGCUUAAGCACAAUCUUUAAAAGUGUCUCUGUUCACAAGUUUAAAGCAGCAGAUCACCAAACACUAAUAUUUGUAUUAAAACCACUACAAUUCUGACUCAGCGUGCACUGUUCCAAACACUGCCAGUAUGUGUUUUACAUGCAAGUCUUCUUGCUUUUGAUGGUUGAUCAUUUGAACAAAUAGAAAAUAGAGAAAAUGGUUGUAACUUCAACUACAUCACACAUACAUGUCUAUCACAGUGAUCAGUUUUGUGUUGAUUGAUUGUGAGUAAUAUGUGUAAUAAAAGAGACAUGGACCUGAAUUUAUAAAAUCCAGCAGCAUCUUAAGUCUGUCUUGUUUUAAACAAAAAGCAAUCAUGUGUUACCUUGUGUGCCUCUUUUUUUUACCCUCAUUUUAUAUUUAUAUAGUACUUUUGAAUAAAGUUGAUAUUGUGUUCCUUUGCUGUAAAAAAAAUCUGUGAAAUGUUUUCCCUGUGGAAGAAAAUAAAGAGUAAUGUUUGCA